ACUUCCUUCUCCUCAGAGCUGUAUCCGGGUCGCAGCUUUACCUUUUGUCUCAGGCAACUGGCCCAGAUUGUGCAAACUGAAUCUUUUGUUGUUUGUGAUGCAGGCUAAUAAAGAUUUUAUUUCUUUUUUUUUUUCUUUCAGUCUUAACGGGGCAAAUUAAGUCCCACCCCGAGCCGCCGGGCUAGCCGCGCUGCCUGGGCCAGAGGGUGCCUCUGGCGGGGGGCGGCGUGGGAAGGGGCGCGAGCGGCCGGGGCUGGUUCUGCGAGCACUAGGAGGCGGGAGGGGUUCGCAGGGCUGCCCCUGCUGCGCCCCGUUCUGGUCGGCGGCGUUGCUGAUUUUAACUUGCAUCUUUCCGACGUGCCUUCGCGGCCCCGUUGCCCGAUCUCAGCGCUGCCCGGGCUCCCGCAUCCUCUCCCUAGGUCUCUUCCUAAGGAUCACCUCACGGAUUCCUUAUGGAUCGCAGUUCCAAGAGGAGGCAGGUGAAGCCUUUGGCAGAUUCUUUGCUAGAAGCUCUCGAUUAUGAUAGUUCAGAUGACAGUGAUUUUAAAGUUGGAGAUGCUUCAGGACUCGCUGAUUCUUGAGAAGAGUCAAAACUGGAGUUCUCAAAAAAUGGACCAUAUUAUGAUUUGCUGUGUUUGUCUUGGAGACAAUAGUGAGGAUGCUGAUGAAAUAAUUCAGUGUGAUAAUUGUGGCAUUACAGUCCAUGAAGGCUGUUACGGAGUUGAUGGAGAAAGUGACUCUAUUAUGAGUUCAGCUUCUGAAAACUCUACUGAACCAUGGUUUUGUGAUGCCUGUAAAUGUGGUGUUUCCCCUAGCUGUGAACUGUGUCCCAAUCAGGAUGGAAUUUUCAAGGAGACAGAUGCUGGAAGAUGGGUUCACAUUGUUUGUGCCCUGUAUGUUCCGGGAGUAGCCUUUGGAGAUAUUGACAAAUUACGUCCAGUAACACUGACAGAAAUGAACUAUUCCAAAUAUGGUGCCAAGGAGUGUAGCUUUUGUGAAGACCCUCGUUUUGCUAGAACUGGAGUUUGCAUUAGCUGUGAUGCGGGCAUGUGCAGAGCCUAUUUUCAUGUGACCUGUGCCCAGAAAGAAGGUCUGCUUUCAGAGGCAGCAGCAGAAGAGGAUAUAGCAGAUCCAUUUUUUGCUUAUUGUAAACAGCAUGCAGAUAGGUUAGACAGAAAAUGGAAGAGAAAAAAUUACUUGGCUCUACAAUCCUAUUGUAAAAUGUCGUUACAAGAAAGAGAGAAACAGCUAUCACCAGAAGCACAGGCGAGGAUCAAUGCCCGGCUUCAACAAUAUCGAGCCAAAGCUGAGCUAGCUCGGUCUACAAGGCCACAAGCCUGGGUUCCCAGGGAAAAACUGCCCCGACCACUCACUAGUAGUGCUUCAGCAAUUCGUAAACUGAUGCGGAAAGCAGAACUAAUGGGGAUCAGUACAGAUAUCUUCCCAGUGGACAAUUCAGAUACUAGUUCUAGUGUGGAUGGAAGGAGAAAGCAUAAACAACCUGCUCUCACUGCUGAUUUUGUCAAUUAUUAUUUUGAGAGAAAUAUGCGCAUGAUUCAAAUUCAGGAAAAUAUGGCUGAACAGAAGAAUAUAAAGGAUAAAUUAGAGAAUGAACAAGAAAAGCUUCAUGUGGAGUAUAAUAAGCUGUGUGAAUCUUUAGAAGAACUACAGAACCUAAAUGGAAAACUUCGAAGUGAAGGGCAAGGAAUAUGGGCCUUACUAGGCAGAAUCACAGGGCAGAAGUUGAACAUACCGGCAAUUCUACGAGCACCGAAAGAGAGAAAGCCAAGUAAAAAAGAAGGAGGCACACAAAAAGCAUCUACUCUUCCAGCAGUACUUUAUAGUUGUGGGAUUUGUAAGAAGAAUCAUGAUCAGCAUCUUCUUUUGUUAUGUGAUACCUGCAAACUCCAUUACCAUCUUGGAUGUCUAGAUCCCCCUCUAACACGGAUGCCAAGAAAGACCAAAAACAGUUAUUGGCAAUGCUCAGAAUGUGAUCAGGCAGGAAGUAGUGAUAUGGAAGCAGACAUGGCCAUGGAAACCUUACCAGAUGGUACCAAACGGUCUAGGAGACAAAUUAAGGAGCCAGUGAAGUUUGUUCCACAGGAUGUGCCACCAGAACCCAAGAAAAUUCCAAUAAGAAACACGAGAACCCGAGGACGGAAACGAAGCUUCGUUCCUGAGGAAGAGAAGCAUGAGGAAAGAGUUCCUAGAGAGAGAAGACAAAGGCAAUCUGUGUUACAAAAGAAGCCAAAGGCUGAGGAUUUAAGAACUGAGUGUGCAACUUGCAAGGGAACUGGAGACAAUGAAAAUCUUGUCAGAUACCCUUCAUGAGACCCAACUCUGCCACAGCUCAUCCUCGGAGGCAAUCCCGGAAACCUCUUUUAUAAGUGUGAUUUUAAAAAUGUGGAUAAAACUCAAUAGAGUCCAUAAAGUAAAGGAGAACAGCUAUCUUGUCCAUUCUAUAAGCUUAUCACUGC